AUGGGACAAUGCCUUGCCGUUCAUCGCCGAAUCAUGGCGUCACAGGAGUUUCCGAAUAUUCCUCAGCCGGAGUCGCAGUGUCAUGAUGCAUUUAUCCGGUAUUCCCCAGGAAGAUACGAACGUCGGGCUGCACGAUCCCAAGUCGACUAUUAUCUACUCCCACAGGCACCGCGGUUGAUGACUGAGGAUUUGGAUAAGAAAGAGUUUCAGCGACUCUAUGAUGCUCGUUGUGAGCUCGUUGAGUGUCCAGCCGGAAGGCGUGCAAUGCAACUGGAUGUUCAGAUCUAUGCGGAUCGUUAUGAGGCGACGCUCAACAAGAUUUUGGAGACUUCUCAAGAGCUUGACAAAGGCCUUGAAGACAUUUUCCAGGCCUACACAAAAGAUGAUCCACUGGCUGAUAAGGUUAUGAACUGCCGCUUGACCGUCGACGAAAUGGGACGAGUGUACGAGCACUUCUUCCGCGAAUCGGCAUGGAACCUUGACAGCUUCGUGGAGUACCGGAAGAAUCUGGCACGAGAUGCCUACUUGCUGCUUGCGGAUCUGAAAAUCGCAAUCCAACGUCUCGGCAUGCACUUCAAUCCGAACUUUGAAGACGCGCAAGUCAAGGUGGACUUCCAGAUUAUGCAGGCCGAGCAGAUCAUCUUUCACUUCAAAAGGACAUACAGGGACGCACUGAAGCACAACCCUGACUCGAUUACAGAGUUUGUGGAGGACGAGCUGGAAGAUCCUGGAACACCGUUGUAAUUUUUAUUGUCAUUCUUUUUCUGCCGUUUUCUUAUCCUUCCCCAUUAGUUACUGUAGUUCAGUCUUUUUUGAAUUUCAAUAAAACUACAACAAAAUC